GAGACAUGGGUCUAUACAUGGUCCUUAUUUCUCAGGACAAUAAUUGAUAUUCUUGUUUUUUUACACUCAUGCCCAUGGCAUACCCCACGGGUUACUUCUGACAUUUUUUGCAGAAGACAAGGUGGAGUACGAUAGCGUAAGACUAUCACACUGAACUGUUUUGUGGGUGGGCUACCGUACAAGGGGACUAGGAUUUGCAGCACUGGGCCAUCCAACAAAAUGUUUCAUACGUGGCCCCAGUCCCCUCGUGGCUGUACUCCGCACUCCACAACUCUAGGUGGCAGAAUGCACAUUUUGAGCAGACGUUUAACAGAAAUUGAACCCGUAGAAGAAGGCGAUGAAAAUGGCGGCUCCUGGCAAACAGUAUGGAUUGAUAUUUCCUUCAAAGGCCAAAGCAGCUACCCUGCAGAGGCCCUCUGUGUUUGACGAUGACUCGGAUGAGGAGGUAUCAGUCGGGGAAAGUUUGCAGAAGGAAGCGGUGAAGAAGAAGAUGAUGAAGCAGACCCGCCUGGAAAUGCAGAAGGCAUUGGAGCAGGACAGCACCGUGUACGAGUAUGACAGUGUUUAUGAUGACAUCCAGAAGAAGAAGGAGGAGAGCGGCAAGCAGCUGCUGAGCGCCGAAAACAAGAAGCCCAAGUACAUCGCUCAGCUAAUGCAUGCGGUAGAGGAGAGGAAGAAAGAACAGGAGCGGAGGGAUGAGAGGAAGAUACAGAAAGAGAGAGAGAUGGAGGGAGAGGAGUUCAAGGACAAAGAGGCCUUUGUGACCUCGGCCUACAGACAGAAGCUUCUGGAAAGACAAGAGGAGGAGGAGAGGCUGAAGCGAGAGGCGGCUGCGGAAGCUGCAAUGGAUGUGAAGAAGCAGAAGGAUCUGAGUGGGUUCUACAGACACCUGCUGAGACAGACAGUGGGAGAGGACAAACCAGCGGAGCCAUCCAGAGCCGGAGAGCCAGCCGCUGAGGGCGCACGGACGUCCCCCGGGGCGUCGCCGCCCGCCCACGACGCAGACGCAGACACGCCCUCUCACGGCGACGGCAGGCUGGAGCCGGAUCGGCAGCCGGCGUCCCGGAGCUCCCACUCCAAACGGCAGUACAGACACCACUCCCCCUCCUCAGACGAGGAGGAGCAGGAGGCGCAGGAGAGCGGGGACCGAGAGAGGAGCCGCAAGGACAAAGGAGAGGAAGGUGGACACCGCGGACGGAAAGAUGAGAAAGAACGGAGGCCGGAGGAGUAUGAGGAGGACCGGAACAGAGGGAGGUGGAAGAGAGAGGAGAGGCAUGGACAGAAGGACAGGAGAGAAGAGGAGAAACAGAGAGAGAGGAACCAAGGGAGGGAGAGAGAUGGAGAGAGAGACCGGCAUAGAGAGAGAGACCGGGAGAGGGACCGUGAGAGAGACAGAGACAGAGGGAGGGAUAGAGACAGAGACAGAAAUAAUGACAGAAACAGAGACCAUGAGAGAGACAGAGAGAGGGAUAGAGACAGAGACCAUGAGAGAGAUGGAGACAGAGAGAGGGAGAGAGACAGAAAUAAUGACAGAGACAAGGACAGAGAUGCGGAGAAAGAACGGAGGGGAAGAGAGAAAGAUGGAAAAAGAGACCGAGAGAGGGAGAAGGGGAAGGAGGAGGAGAGACAGGAGGACAGGAUAGCGGAGGCUGAAGAGCAGCCGGAGGCUGAAGAGCAGCCGGGGGCUGGGGAGCAGCCGGGGGCUGAAGAGCAGCCGGGGGCUGGGGAGCAGAGCCAGGCCGGCGCUGAGGACGGUCCGGCCACUGAGCCCAGCAAGUUCGCCAAGCGCAGCAGCGACGAGACCGUGCGCUCGGCCAGAGAGCGCUUCCUGUCCCGGCAAAUCGCCCGCUCUGCGGCCAAGACCUACAUCGAGAAGGAGGAGGACUGAUUUGUGCCCUUACCCGCACAAACUUUAACACUCGCACCAGUGGGGUUUGCAGUACUGUACAUACACUGUGCAUGUACUGUACAUUUCUUUACGAACGUUUCUUACACGUGGGUACAUCUCCAAUAAUGCGUUGGUUUGAUCUCAUGGAAUAAUAUAAAAUAAAGUUGGGGAUUCUAA